AUGGCCCCGUGGCGAGCGGCCACGCGGGGCCACCCCGCCCCCCCCGAGGCGACAACAAAACUUGUGCCUGUGGCUGGGUCAGGUCACUGCCCUGGGGGCUCCUGGAGGGUCCCUGCCUUUUUCUGGGGCUCGUGGGAAGCGUUUUGGGAUUUGGUUUUGCUGCCUUGGGGGCUGCAGGGGAGGCUCCCAGGUGAGCUCCUGUGGCUCAGGUGCUGCUGCCUCCCCUCUGAGCCCUGGGGGCUGUUCCUGGCUCUGGCUCUGAGUCCAGGAUCCUGCCCUGUGUCCCCAGAGCUGCCUGAGAACUGGACAGACACGAGGGAGACGCUGCUGGAGGGGAUGCUCUUCACCCUCAAGUACCUGGGCAUGACCCUGGUGGAGCAGCCCAAGGGAGAGGAGCUCUCUGCAGCUGCUGUCAAGAGGAUCGUGGCCACUGCAAAAGCAAGUGGCAAGAAGCUGCAGAAGGUGACCCUGAUGGUGUCCCCGCGGGGGAUCGUGCUGAGGGACAGCAGCACCAACGAGCUCAUCGAGAACAUCUCCAUCUACAGGAUCUCCUACUGCACAGCAGACAAGAGCCAUGACAAAGUCUUUGCCUACAUUGCCCAGAACCAGCUGAACGAGAGCCUGGAGUGCCACGCCUUCCUGUGCUCCAAGAGGAAAAUGGCUCAGGCUGUCACCCUGACCGUGGCUCAGGCUUUCAGGAUUGCCUUUGAGUUCUGGCAGGCAGCAAAGGAAGAGAAGGAGAAGAGGGAAAGAUCCAUCCUGGCAGCAGGAGGGACGAGCAGCCCUGGCUCAGACAGUCCUGCUCACCCUGUCCCAGGUGAGACAGCUGGGAUGGGCAGGGGGAUGUCCCUGAGCAGGGAUGGGGACAGCCUGAGGGAAAUGGAUGAUGGUCUCGACGAGGCGUUUUCAAGGCUGGCCCAGUCCAGGACAAACCCCCAGGUGCUGGACACGGGGCUGACAGCUCAGGACAUGCAGAGUGCACAGACUCUGUCCCCUGUGGACUGGAACCAGGUGGAGCCCAGCAGGGCAGAGAGGGACGAGCUCUUCAUGUUCUGAGCAUCCAGCAGAGGAAACCCGGGGGCCCUCCAGAGGAUUCCUCAGCCCAGUUUAGACCAAAGCUUCACAAACCCAACACGGAUUUUUCUACCUUGCUUUUCCACCAGCCACUCUUGGAUUUAUUUAUUCUCAGUUUACAGAGUUCCUGGAGGUGUGGGGAGCUCCUCCUGGGCACCACCAAAGCCCCUCUGGGAGGCAAAGGCAGCUCCUAAUCCUAAUUCUGGACCAAAGCCAGCACCUGCCUGGCCAGGAGGGGUUUGCAGCUGCUGCCAGUGUGAAAUCAGAGCUUUGUCCCAGUGUCUGGGACACUCUCAGCCCCCCAGUGGGAACCCACGCUUUUCUAACCCAAAGACUCCAAAGUUUUUGCACUUUAAAGCUUGAACUGAAAGCAAGUGGUCUGAACUGUCAAGGUAAGCAGUGCCUGGAAUGAAUUCUCUUGAGAAGCUUUUAGCCAAAAAGAGCCAGCCUGGCUCCAGGCUGAGCCCUCACUGCUGCCACUGAGAGCCCAAAGCUCCCUUGAUUAGCAGCAGAACCAGCAGGGGGGAGGAUUUGUUCUGCUGGAGCAGAAAUCCACAUUCCCAGGGGUUGCUCCUGCCCCAGGGGUGGGACUGCAGCAAUUCCUGUGCCCAUCCCAGUCCCCCCGGUCCUGGGGGGCUCAGGAGCUCCAUCCCCCCUGAACUGGGGUCAGCAGUGAGGUGUAAAGCUCACGCUAAUUAACAGAUGAAGUUUAACGAUCCUGGGUGGAUCCCUGACACCUCACAGCGUUUGUGGCCUUACGUGAAGUGUACUAAUCUGUUUUAUAGAUUUGCAACUUGGGUUGGAAGCACUAAUUCAUUCCCCAGGGAGCUCUUUAGAACUCCUGGCAGGAAGGGAAAAAAACCAAAUCCCUCUGUGUCAGCUGUAAGGAUCCAUCAGGAGCAGCUGAGUGACUCUGACACAGCUUGGAGCCAUUUUUCUGCCCCCGAGGGUGAGUGUGAGGAGGUUGGGAGGAUUUGUGGAGCUGACUCAGCAGGUAACACCUGUGCUCCUGCAGAGCUGUGGGGAGCAGUUCCACCUUCUGGGAUUGCUGUGCCCAGGAAGGGACCUGCAGCCAGCUCAGAUCUCCCCAGGAAACUGGGAUGGGCUGGGAGGAUUUCUCUCUCCUUCCUGAAAUUCUCUGAAACAGCACCAUGUGUGUCUAGAGUGGGGUUUAUUUUUUAAGAAAACCGGAUGCUGUAAUUCUUUAUCCUGUACUG